AGGUGUCCAAAGGUGCCAGGAAGCAAGCAGAGGAACCAGCAUGCUGCGCACGCAGUCGGCGUGAAUCCUAACCACCCUUCCCGAGUCUGAACCCCCGUCGGCACAAUGUUGAAACUCAAAGUUAGGCGCGCCGUCGAGCCGGACCAGUCUCUCUGUGUUCACUCUCUCGUAAAGAGAGAUAAUAAAAGCGCAAUCUGAUAUGGCAACUGGCAUGGUAAUGGCGCGAAACACUUGACUGGAAGACGGCGGUGCGACGCGUUCGCCGCGACGAUGCGACCGACGUUCCGCGCUCAGAAACACCGUCGUGAUCGCGAAAGAUCGCAUUUUCCCAAUUCCGGGCACGAGCUGUUUCCUUAUGAAUGCGUACGUCACUUGGUGAAGUAAUACCGCGGAAACAGCCGGAACAAUGUACGGUAUGCUGUUGGAGAGUGUGCAGCACUUCGUGCAGUUAGAAUACGGCGAGGAUGUGUGGCUUCAGCUCCUGGAAAGAGCUGAUUGCAAACAUAUGGUUUUCAACACGCGACAAACGUAUCCCGACGAGCUUAUGACCAAUUUAGCUGCUGCAUUAGCCGAAUGCAAUGGUGAAUCCGUGGAGGAUGUAAUGCAAUUCUUUGGGAAGUGUUUCGUAAGAUUUUUUAGCAACUUAGGAUAUGCCUGCAUGAUAAAGGCCACUGGACGUUAUUUUUGUGACUUUCUACAAAACGUCGACAAUAUUCACAUGCAAAUGAGAUUCACGUAUCCACGUAUGAAAAGUCCUUCGAUGUACACUACGCACGUCGACCCACAGGGUGUAGUAUUAGUUUAUCGAAGCACUAGGAAGGGAUUUACGCACUAUCUUAUGGGUCAGUUAUUUCAAAUAGCGAAAGAGCUUUACGAAACAGAUUUAGUCAUACGAGUAUUAGGAAGUUCAAACAAUAUCCCUGGAUCCAGAAGCGUAAUGGUUAAAUUUAGAAUUGAUUUCGACAAUCGUGAAUACAUCGCAAAGAACAACAGUAUGAAAACUCCACUUGGCCGUGAAUUAGCACCGGUGUCAAUAUCGUUCCUUUUACGUCUUUUCCCAUUUGGAGUGGUAAUCAACAAGGACAUGAGGAUAUUGGGGGCCGGUGAUAAACUCCUGCAAGCAUGGGGUGGCAGUUCGUCCAUUUUGAAUAAACACGUCACGGAUGUUUUUAAAUUCCGUAGGCCUAAAGGAAUAUCUUUCACGUGGGGAAAUGUGAUGUACUUGCAUUCUGUGAUGUUCGAAUUGGAGCUGGUCAGAUUAAACGAUAACGAUGCUUCAUCUAACUCAGACAAUACCCCAAGCACCAGUUCGGGAUUGGAUAGGCGCGGCAGUCAAGGAGCCAGGAGCAUACUAUUGAAAGGUCAAAUGAGAUAUAUCGAGGAUCUUAAAGCAAUUAUUUUCUUAUGUAGUCCCCUAAUUAACAGUUUAGACGAAUUGCUUAACAUGGGCCUGUACCUGAACGACCUAAAUACUCACGGCUUGAGUCGUGAGUUAGUACUCGCCGGAUGGCAACAUUGCGGAAGAUUAGAGAUGAUGUUUGAGAGGGCUGAGCAGAGAUCAACCGAAUUGGAAAACAGCUACGCGUUGCUGGAUCGCUGGAAGAAUAAGAGCGACGAGCUUUUGUAUUCCAUGAUCCCACAGACGGUUGCUGAUCGAUUGCGUGCUGGAGCUUGUCCUUUAAGCACUUGCGAGUCAUUCGAGUCUAUCUCCGUGUUAUUCUGCGAGCUUUGCGACUUCGAUUAUUCGACGAUCGAAGGUGCAAUGGACAUUGUCUCAUCGAUGAACGCUGUUUUUUCUUGUUUCGACUCGCUGAUGGAUGAAUUUAACGUAUACAAAGUAGAAACAGUCGGCCGGGUCUAUAUGGCAGCCAGUGGUGCGCCGGAUAGAACGGAAAAUCACGCGCAAAAUAUCGCAGACGUUUCGCUGCAGCUGCUGAAACACGUCCGAUCCCUUAAGUUACCCUCUGGUGUCGAUAUUCAAAUUCGUAUAGGGAUCCAUUCCGGACCAGCUGUAGCAGGUGUAGUUGGCAUCAAAGUACCUAGAUAUUGCUUUUUCGGUGACACUGUGAAUACUGCUUCUAGGAUGCAAACGACUAGUCUGCCUGGAAAGGUGCAGAUCUCAUCAGAUGUGAAAGCGUUAUUACCACCGGAUCGGUAUUACGUUGAAUCACGCGGAUUGGUUUGGGUCAAGGGUAAAGGUAACAUGGAAACUUAUUGGUUAUCCGACAAAGUAGACACGGACGGUAAAUCGACCGAGCAACAAGCUACUAAACCGGAAGGACUUCUAGUCACUGAUAUUUAAAACGUGGUCAAAUGGAGAAUUAGAUAAUUCUAAUUAUUUACUAAUUAUACUUCUUUUUAUGGUUCAAUAAUUGGAUCCCUCUUAGUUAAAGUAUCCAUCCUAUCAUAAAAUAUAGUUUUAGUAUUUUCUUUGUGCCAUAAAUAUCUUUUCCUUUUUCAUUCAUUCUAAAAUAUUCAAUUCAAAAAUUUUAUUUUAUAACACCGUCUGUAGUGUAAUUUUACUUGAAAGAUAAGGAAACACAAGAUAUUUAUUUCAAAUAUAUUAAAUAUAUGAAAUAUUUUGAAAAAAUACUGCAUAGGAUAUUCUGACUAAAGGGGGCCGUGUUAGAAACAAUCAGAAUCACUUUAUUAGUGUGCAAUCACGCGUGCAAUCGACAUACUGAUUAGAUUGUUUUAGUUUUAUGUUGAUGUAUAGAGAUAUGAUAGUUCGUGAAUAAUCGUGACAUAUGCGUUUACGCAAAUAUCUUUUAGGUGUUACUCGUUCAUAGAUUUCAAUGUUAUUUAAUGUAAAUGUUUUAUACAAUGAUUCGUCGAAUGAUGAAAAAGAUACGGAAUUUAGUUACAAAAACAGUAAAGUAAACGAACUUUCCUCCCAUUUUAGUUAUUUCCUCCCUUUUUCCCUUUCUUAUUUUCCUCGCUACCUCCGGUAUAUUAUAGGCUUAAGAGACUGUUUGCUGAGCUAAGCUUUCCCAAUUGCUCUUUAUAUCCUUCCUCCCGCAACAUUUUCUUUUCUUUUUAUUUUCUUCGUUUCCACAUCAAUUCUUUCACUCCUAUAUCUGUUGUACCUUGUUCUUACUAUUAUUACCUUUUAACUUCAAUAUCUUAAAAUUUGAUAACAUUUUUAGUACAUAUUUAAAACAGUGUUUGUUAUACAGAAAAGAUAUACACAUGAGUGUUAGACCUUAAAUGCAUGGUUUGUGUUAAAUAUAAUAAAACAUUUGAAGAUUAUUAACUUAUGUCUCAGAAUAUCACAGAAAAAUAAUUUUAAAGAAUUAUCUGAGGAGAAAGAAACUAUUUGUUGCUGUACAGGAUAAUAUUUCAUUAAGCAAUUGCAAACAAUCGGGAUUAAAAUUUCAAUAAUUUUAUUUAAUAUUAACAAUAUAAAAAGUUGAUUUAUAACAAAUAUAAAUAAACAACGAUAAAAUUACAAUCAAUUUAAAAGUUGAGUAUUAUCGAACAUUUUACGUAUAGAUUGCUAUAAAUAUUUAAAUUAUCUAAAAUGUGAAAAAUAUUACGAAUUUAAUUUCAUAAAAUCGAUCGAUCAAUCAUUUAAGUGAUCGAAUUUGUAUUAAAUGAAGAACAAUCGACGUUUCACUGUAUAACGAGUAACGCAAACGACACGAUAGGCGUUUGAUUUCUUCGUGACACGACAAAUCAUGCUGCGCUCGGGUAGCAGGUACGUGAGUUUUCACCGAAAUUCCACGUUGAAAAAAAAACAGAGAAAGUCCAAGUGACUUUCUUUCUCGUGCGUUCGAUGUUAUGUACGAGUCGGACGCUCGAUACGUGCCUUAAUUUUCAAUUGUCUCGCCUGCAUCGACGUAGAAUAACGGAUCGCGAAGCUAGCUAUUAUUUUUAACUUCUCGUGAACUCCAUGAAACUAAUUUCAUCCCUCUAUAAUCUUCUAUCUUUUUUUACAGUUGAAAAUAAAAUUAAUAAUUACGUAUGAUUACAUACUUUCUUUUCUUUUCGUACCACAGUCACUAAUAAUUAAUUCAUUUGGCUUUGGCUUAACUAUGAAAUAUAUUGAAAUUUCGUUAUUUACUAAUUUUGAUCAUUUUCUUAUAUUCCAUAAUGUAAAGUUUCGACGUAACUUUAGUUCUAAGAUAUAAAAUUUUGAAUUCCUUUAUCAAAGUAAGAAAUUAACAAUAGCUAUUGAUAGAUUACUUAAUAAUGAAAGGAUACAAUAAAUAUGAAAAACAAUAUUUUGACAUUAUAGAGGGUUAAUCUAUAGAUGUAUAGUUGAUAAAUAAAUUUAGUGUUGAAUGAAAGACCACCAAGAUUAAAUAUGCUGAGCCUGUGGUCAUAUUGUUUCAUGGUCGACUAUAAAAAUUCGUUAAAAUCCUAAAUUCCUGGAAGAAAUAUUCUACGAGGACGAAUUCUAGUCUUUUGAAAAAUACACUUGUAGGAUCGUGCGAGUAUUAAGUUUUCAGUCAGCCAGGACGAUGAAUAUAAAAAUAAUCGAAACAUGAGUCAAGAUUCCUGUACGCGUAUCGUGACCUUUCGAUUAUUAUUCAUUGUUUAAAUUAACAGUAACACCCGUCCUCGGUGUUAUUCGCUAUCCAUGAGAGGUAACGAUUCACCCUGCUGUAAACGCCGGGAUAGCCAGGCUUUGCGCAUCCUUCGCCCCAGGAUACCACUCCUGCGAAUUUAGAUAUGUAAAUUCGUUUAGCUAUAAAACAGACAAUGGACGAGAUACAAAGCGAAUCCUAAUUUAAUAUGAAUUCCGGAAAUAUAUCGAGGAGUAAGAAUUCAUUUUCCAUUACGAUUAUAUGGUUGUAAAUCAAUACAUUUCUCACUGAUAACUUUAUUGUGAUUUUACUUUUGUGAUUGAGAUUUUAUUAAGAAAGAUGCAAUCUUCUGCAAUUGACAUUGGGACAAGAAUUUGGAAAGUUGGUUCUUAUUACUUAAAUAUUAUUAAUUGAAAUAAAUAUAUGUAAAAGAUUUCCUUUCUCCAGAGUCACUUGCAAUUAAUCCGUUUGUAUAUAAUACUCAGUUGUAGGAAUGUGUGAAAAUAUUUUUAUUUACUAAUAUUAAUCGUUUUCUUAUUUUCCAAUUUACUGUCACUAUAGCUGUUAUUGUGAUUAUAGUUUGAAAUCUCUCUGUUUUUCUAGAAACAUAUUGAUCUUUCAUUGACAUGUAAUACGCAACUUUAUGACUCGCUCUGUAUCUCUUCCACCAAAUUUCUAUUCUUUAUCAAACGAUAGAACACGAAUCUUACCAACUACUUGAUAGCUGUUGUCAUUAAAAACAUGUAAGGGGCCACCACUGUCUCCCUAAUAAAAAAAGAAGGAAUCAAAAAUUAUAAUUUUAAACAACAUAUUUUUCUCUUUAGUAUUAAGUGACAAACGUGUACACAAAAGUUUGAUGUAUGUAUAUGUGUCAAUGUAUAUGUGUAAAUGCAAAUGUAUAAAGACGUAAUAAUUUUAUUCGUACGUGUUGUAAAUCGAAAAGAUGUUAGAAACAACAA